GUCCUACCGAAGUGGACUCCCUCUCCAAGCUCAAUAAAAACGAGCCACCGACUCACCGACCAAAAGCCAGGCGACUGGGGCGCGCGAAACAGUCCCCCUCCCCCACCGCCCGCCUUGAAUCUUUCCCCGUUGGCCGUCCUCCCAAAUCCGCGCCAAAUCGGCCCAUCGCCAUGGGAGCUGCCUGCGACGACGCCGUCCAGCAGCUCGCCCGCUUGCUGGACCAAGUCGAGGAGCCGCUGAAGAAGACCUUCCAGAAUGUGCACCAGGGCUAUCCAACAGAGACACUAGUGCGCUUCCUUAAAGCAAGAGAGUGGCAUGUAACAAAUGCUCAUAAAAUGCUUGUAGAUUGUUUGAAUUGGAGGAUACAAAAUGAAAUUGACAGUAUACUGGAGAAACCUAUAGUUCCAGUAGAUUUGUAUAGAUCGGUACGAGAAUCACAGCUUAUUGGAUUAUCAGGAUACUCAAAGGAGGGCGUCCCAGUAUUUGCCUUUGGUGUUGGACAGAGCACAUAUGACAAAGCUUCGGUCCAUUACUAUGUGCAGUCUCAUAUUCAGAUAAAUGAGUACCGUGAUCGUAUUAUUUUGCCUAUGACUUCGAAGAAGUUUACACGGCCUAUUACCACAUGUAUAAAGGUUCUUGAUAUGACUGGUUUGAAGUUGUCAGCACUGAGCCUAUUGAAGAUUUUGACUGCAAUAUCUGCUGUUGAUGAUCUGAAUUACCCUGAGAAGGCCGAGAGCUAUUAUAUUGUAAAUGCUCCAUAUAUAUUCUCAGCCUGUUGGAAGGUUGUGAAACCUCUUUUGCAAGAGAGGACAAGAAAGAAGGUUCAUGUUUUGCAUGGUUCUGGUAAAGAUGAGCUCCUAAAGAUUAUGGACCAUUCCUCCAUCCCCCAUUUCUGUCGACGCGAGGGCUCAUCUAAAUCUUCAUUGAGCGGCGUCAAUGACUGCUUCUCGCUUGACCACCCUUUCCACCAAGAGCUCUACCGCUACAUCGAGCAGCAGGCACUGAACCAGGAACUCGUCAAGCAGUGUUCUUUGCAUGUAGACAUCCCUGACCAAGACCCUGAGGACGUCAAGAUUGUGGAGGCCAUCGAGGCUGAGUUUCACAAGCUCGGUGAGCAGAACGGCUCUGCCAAUGUUGGCAAUAAGAUAACAGUGUCUGUGUAAGAUGCACAGCUGUGUAUCACGGCAAAUGUGUAUUGCUGUGAUGAAACUGGUGAUUAUUUUCGGGGUCUGCUACUCUGCUUUGUUUGCUUGAUCUCCCUGCUGUUGUUCGCGGGGUAACAAGUUUAUAGUCGCAGAUCCUUGCAGUUUUAUGGUGCAGGGCUGAGGUAGAAGCAACAAUUGUAUACUAGAUAGACAUAGUCACCUAUUCACAUGUUGUACCCUUUGCAAUGUAUUUCCUGCAUGGCUGCAUAUGUCAUAUAUCCUCUAACUGGAUGCUAGCAAAUCAUCCUAGUGACUGGAUGCAAAAAUAAUCUUCGGAGUACCACAAUUCAGUAAGAAAUAAAUGGUGCAUCUUGACCUUGCUAUC